AUGGAUGAGCCGAUGCCCAGAUUAACAGCAUUUACGCCAGCAGCGAGCUGUGGGCAGGUCCUUUCAAUGUCAUCAUUGUUGUAUGAAAAUGGAAAUAGAGAAUUCCUACGAAUGGAUUAUGGAGCCCCCGAUAUAUUUAUGUCUCACUGCUUUCCGCCUGAAUUUAAGACAGACACUUACCAUGGAGGUGGUUACCUCCCUGGUCCUGGUAUCUGCCCAAGUGGAUAUAACACUGGCUGUUCCUCGAAACUCCAAAACGGCCCCGAUGUUACUUCACUGAGUAUGUGUUGCCCUAGUGGGUACAUAUGCGAUGGAGAUAUCUUCGACGCCUGGUGUUAUAGCCACUUUACCACCACCACAACUGCUUGGGUUGGAGAUCCAGAAACUUACACGAUAACUGGUGUAGCCACACCGGAAUAUCCAGAAGACUACCCGCAUACUGUAUGGGCCCCAGCUAUUGUAUUUACGGAAACUGCAAAGCAAACUGGUGUUCCUAUUACAGCUAGUGAACCCGCUCCUGCCUGGAGCUUUGGUGUCACUGCGCCCACAACCACUGACGGGGUUUCCUCGACGAGUAUUACAAAGUUCAAGUUUGGAAUUACCGCUGCUAUGUGUGCUAUCGUACUAAUCACAUCAUUUGUUGCUGGUUGUCUUUUUAUCCAUUUUCGAAAGCGGCAAACGCGCCAACGGGCGGAUCAACAAGUAUCAAAGAAUCCCAGUUUAUCCGAGAAGCCUCACCCAGUAUCAAGACCCAAAUGGAACUUUUUGUUCGCAAUUCUACUCGUAUUUCCAGUAGCCAUAUUCUCGUGUAUUUUUGCCUCGCAGAGAGAUUGGCAGGAAAGACUUGUACAAUGGACACGAGACACCUCUGCGGUAUUGCGGGUCAUCCAAGUUACAUCCUUUUUCAUGCGUCUUUUUUCGACAUCUCUGGCUUGGGGAGUCAUGUCUGAUUGCGGAUGGUUGCUUAUGUACUCUGGGGCCUCUGCAAUAGAAGUUAUUUCUCUCCUGAAUAUGUCGGUGAUUGGGGGGAACUAUGUUCACUUUAUACAUUUGUACUGGUUGAUUUAA